AUGAUAUACAGUAAACUCCUGAACAGUCCAAUUGAAGUAGAGGAAGGUGAGUGGUUACCGUUCCUGGACGUUAAAGUGAUUCGUUCUAAUGGAACGCUUAAAAAGAAAUUGUUCAGAAAGAAGACCUAUGCUGGAAUAAUACUAAUCCGAAGCCUUGGCCUGACGGAUGCAGAUUUCUGGGACGAGAAGCUGGACAAAUUGACUAGGAUCUUCCUCGGCAAUGGCUACCCAAAUGAGGUGAUACAAAGAAACAUACGGGCCAUGAAAAGCCGAUGGCAGAACGGGGACUAUGACAAGAGUAAGGACGAUUAA